AUGGAAACCCGGGGCAAACGUCAAAACUAUUUUGCAUUGAACGACAGUUACAAUAACAAAGCAUUACCCAAAGACCAACUUUCAAGUCCACCUCCUGAAUCGCUAAUUCCAUCUACACUCACACAGCUAGAAUACAAUGCAUUCCUUGGUAUCCCUGAUGUUGAGAUUAACCCUUCAGAAUCUACAUCACAGUCAUUAUCCUAUCUAACAACUUCAACAGCUAUAGAUUCUUCGAUUGUUUCGUAUACUCAACAUCUUCUACCCAUAGCUAAUAAGGAAGCAUGGUUCUGGGCUUACUUCAGCAAGCAUGAGAUUCUACCAUUUCAGCGGAUCUUCUCUAAUAUCCUAGGAGUCGCACUUCCAUUUACUUCUCGGUUAUCUUGCAAAACAAUUGCUUUAUCUCUUGAUAUUUGGACAAGCAAAAACCACCUUCCAAUCCUAAGGAUAAUUAGCUAUUGGCUUACAGAGAGUUUUGAUUACCGAGAAAGUGUUCUUGAAUUCAAAGAACUUUUAGGACCACAUAGUGGAGAGAAUCUGGCUGCAGCAGUUGAGGAUGUACCCCUAGAACUUGACCUUCAAUCCAAGUUGACUACAAUAACAGGAGACAAUGCUAGUAAUAAUGAGAAGAUGGUUUCAAUUCUAUCUCAAAAUCUGAGGCAAAAACUUGGGGUUAACCCUCUAUUCCGUGGCUCAGAAAGUUACGUCUGUUGCUUAGCUCAUAUAUUAAAUCUCAUUGUCAAAGAUAUCCUUAAGACUUUAAAAUCUAGCAAUAUAGAGGAAGCGCAUGUUGUCUCAGAAACCUUUAGCAAGGAUUUAUAUCCUAGCUUUUUGGAUACACUGAAGUCCCUAACAAAGGCAAUGAGUCUUGCCGUCCCAAUCUACUACAAACUUCAUGAUUUACUCGAUAAGGCAUCCAAGCGCAAGGAGAGAUUCCUAGAUCUUGACAAAGAUAUAUCAUUGGCUGUGAAAGAAGCUAUGAAGAAGUACAAAAAGCACUAUACCUUUAUAGAUACUUCUGAUAUAUACUACACUACCCUCAUCUUGGAUCCUCAGAUUAAAGGUGAUCUCCUUCUCAACAAACUAGAAGAUAAGACUACUGGGAGGGAGAUCCUUCAAGCUCUCCGUGACAAUCUCCACCGUGAUUACUCAGUCGCCACUAUAGAAUUAAGCUUACCUACAGGACAAUCCCUACUGGAGCACAAUAUUAAGCACAGUGAUGUAGAGUCCCAGUUACUAAAGAGGUUAUAG